UAUCUUCAAUAAGCAUGAAGAAGAUCACUUCCUCUCAAUUUCUUCUCUUCCUUUCACUCCUUGCUUUAUGGUUCACAUCGAUUGCUUUUGGAGCUGAUACCACUCACCCAGAAGAAGGAUCGCAGAGGCGGAGGAAGUGGCGACGUUGGAGAGCAUGUAAUCGGCGUCGCGGUUGAGGUCGGUGCGCUGCGGCAGAAGCUCACUUUCUAAACCGCCACGCGCGCUUGCGUGGCCAUCCCACCGAGCCAGAUCUGCUUUUGUGUUGCUGCUACAGAGGAGAAGGAGAAUUUGGAGAGGCUUUGAAAUCGGUGGCUUCUUCAUUGCAAGCUCUGAAAGAUAUGGGCAAGACGCUUGGUAAGAAGGAAUGGGACACUGACAUAGAUCCAUGCUCAGGACAACCUCCCUGGUUCACAUCUAAGGAGAACAACAAUGUCACUUGCAAUUGCACUAUCCCCGGUGAAAACUUCUGCCAUGUUGUAAUAAUAUUGCUGAAAUCACAAAAUCUUCGAGGCAUGCUCCCACGCGAACUGAUAAGGUUACCUUACCUUGAAGAAAUUGACCUCACAAAAAACUACCUUAACGGUACUAUACCUACCCAAUGGGGCUCCUCCAAUCUUCGCAGCAUUUCUCUUUAUGGAAAUCGACUAACUGGUCCAAUCCCAAAAGAGAUAGCAAACAUCACCAACCUCCAAAAUUUGGUUUUGGAAUUCAAUCAAUUUUCUGGAAAUCUACCUCCAGAACUUGGGAACCUUCCAAGCAUUCAGAAAUUGCAUCUUACCUCUAACAACUUUACCGGAGAGCUUCCUGAAACUUUGGCUAAACUUACAACAUUGACAGAACUCCGACUUAGUGACAAUCAAUUCUCUGGAAAGAUACCUGAUUUCAUUCAAAGAUGGACCGAUCUGGAAAUGUUAACAAUUCAAGGGAGUGGUUUAAGUGGGCCAAUUCCUUCUGAAAUUUCGUUUCUGCAAAACUUAUACGACCUGAGAAUUAGUGACUUGAAUGGAUCUGAUUCUGCUUUUCCACCAAUUAAUAAUAUGACAAAAAUGAAAAUAUUGAUACUAAGAAGUUGUCAUAUUAAUGACACAUUACCUCAAUAUCUUGGGAACAAGACAAACUUUAAUGACAUGCAAGUCUUAGACCUGAGCUAUAACAAAUUAAGCGGAAACAUUACAGAAGCCUUUCAAGACCUACUAGGAUUGACUUACUUAUAUUUCACUGGAAACUCGUUCACUGGACCAAUACCCAACUGGGUAGGAAAUGCUAAACGUCCCAUUGAUAUUUCGUAUAACAACUUUAGCAAUGAACCCCCGCAACAACAGUCAUGCCAACAGAUCCAAAACCCAACAGUGAACUUGUUUGAAAGCUUUCCAAUGAGCCAAAAUGGACCUAUUCACUGUCUGACGACAACCAAUGAUUGUCCUAAAACAGCCUUUAACUCUUUCCAUAUAAAUUGUGGUGGUGAAAGGGAGCUAAGUAGUGAAGGUAUAGUAUAUGAUCCAGAUUUAGAUCCAUCAGGAGCAGCAACGUCUAAAAUCAUGGGUUCAAAUUGGGCAUUUAGUAACACCGGUCACUUCUUGGAUGCCCAAAAACCUGUAUCAGAAACCUAUAUCCAGCAACAAAAUAAAACCGGGCUUUCUAAACUAUAUCAAACCGCACGUGUAUCCCCCAUUUCUCUGACUUAUUAUGGAUUUUGUCUGGAAAAUGGAGACUACACAGUAUUGCUCCAUUUUGCAGAGAUCAUGUUCACUGAUGACAACACAUAUAGCAGCUUAGGGAGGCGUAUAUUUGAUGUUUACAUUCAGGGAGUGCAGGUGAUGAAGGAUUUCAAUAUUGCAAAUGAAGCAGGAGGAGUUGGAAAGAAUAUUACAAGAUCAUUUCCUGCUCAUGUGAGGAAUAACUCUUUAAUAAUCCGAUUUUAUUGGGCUGGAAAAGGGACAACUGCUAUCCCAUAUGGCCCUCUUAUAUCAGCUAUAUCUGUCACUCAUGUCUCUACAACUACAAGUGGCAGCAUGUCUACAGGGGUUAUAGUUGGAAUAGUAGUUGCUGCAAUUGUUCUUGUCAUCCUAAUCGUACUUGGGUGGAGAAUUUAUAUUGGGAAAAGAAAUUCAUUUGGAAAAGAGUUAAAGGAUUUAAAUCUGCAAACGAAUUUAUUUACUAUGCGUCAGAUCAAAGUUGCAACAAACAACUUUGAUAUUUCCAAUAAGAUUGGAGAAGGAGGCUUUGGUCCUGUCUAUAAGGGCAUUUUAUCAAAUGGCAUGAUAAUAGCUGUCAAGAUGCUUUCAUCCAAGUCAAAGCAAGGAAAUCGUGAGUUUAUAAAUGAGAUAGGCUUGAUUUCAGCCUUGCAGCACCCUUGUCUUGUUAAACUAUAUGGUUGUUGCGUUGAAGGAGAUCAAUUGUUGCUAGUAUAUGAAUAUAUGGAAAACAAUAGCCUUGCACAAGCUUUAUUUGGUAACGGAGCAUCUCAAUUAAAAUUGAAUUGGCCAACAAGGCACAAGAUCUGCAUUGGUAUUGCUAGAGGUUUGGCUUUCUUACAUGAAGAAUCAACAUUAAAAAUUGUUCACAGGGACAUUAAGGCCACCAAUGUGUUACUGGACAAAGACUUAAACCCAAAAAUAUCUGAUUUUGGUCUAGCCAAGCUCGAUGAGGAGGACAAUACUCACAUAAGCACAAGAGUAGCUGGGACUUAUGGAUAUAUGGCUCCAGAAUAUGCAAUGCAUGGUUAUUUGACAGACAAAGCUGAUGUCUAUAGUUUUGGAGUUGUUGCCUUGGAAAUUGUAUCUGGAAAGAGCAAUACCAUCCACCGAUCCAAGCAAGAAGCAUUGCAUCUUCUAGAUUGGGCACAUUUAUUGAAAGAGAAGGGUAACCUAAUGGAGCUAGUUGAUAGAAGGUUAGGUUCAGAUUUCAAUGAAAAUGAGGUAAUGAUGAUGAUCAAAGUGGCGCUCCUAUGCACCAAUACCACUUCAAACCUUAGGCCCACCAUGUCAUCGGUGCUUAGUAUGCUAGAAGGAAAAACUAUGAUUCCAGAAUUUGUUUCAGAUCCAUCUGAGAUAAUGGAUGAAAUGAAGUUAGAGGCAAUGCGACAACAUUACUUUCAAAAAGAAAAUGAGAGAAGUGAGACACAAGAGCAAAAUCAUAGUUUAUCAAUUGAGGGGCCUUGGACGGCCUCAUCUUCAUCGGCUGCAGAUCUAUAUCCUGUCCACGUUGAUUCUUCCUAUUGGGAGAAAAGAAAUUAGGAAUAUGUAUAAAUUUUACCUAUAUAUCUAGGUGGUAUUCUUUGUUAUUUCAUCCCCUUGUUUUCCUCUUUAAGCACCAUUUUUCAUGCAUAAUUGUUAUAUAUUCAAGUAUCACAAAGUCAUGUAUCUUCCCUCUUAAUCUAGUGGUCUUAGUGGGAUCAAACAAGUCUUAUACAGGAGAAAUUAUUAGAUGAUUUAUGUCAUUACAUUACUCAUAAUUUACACACACACACACAUCCUUAAUUCUUUACCUCUAAACCUGAUAUCUAGGACUUGUGUGUGCUUAUAAAAACCAAUAUGAAUUCAUGAA